CUGCCUGCUAGCUGGGACUGGUGCCUCUGCACAUACUAGGUGCUGGAUGUGUGGGUAUUUGCAGAAUUGGACCCUCAGGACUUUGUACUGCUUCUUCCAGCCAGAGGUCAAGACGUCGCAGGAUAGGCAAUGCAAUAAGUGGAUUUUAGCCGUCAGACGAUGUCUGCAUUGUAUAGUUGUCUGAAAGGUAAAAAUGAUGCAAAUAUGGCUGCAAACACUUCGGAAGGAGCACAGACUGUGAUGCUUGAAGAGCCUCAUGAAGAAUGUUCUGGAAAAAAGAAAUCAAAGUUCCAGGCUUUCAAAAAAUUAUUUGUCAAAAAGAAAAGGAAAGAAUCUACAGCACCUAUUAAAGAAAGCAAUCUAAAACCCAGUCAGUCCAGUAGCGAUGUCAGUGGAUCUGGAGCAAACACAACUGCUUUUGAUGCUGACCAAGAAUCAGUGUCCAAGGGAAAUAUGGGGAGCAAGGCAGUAUCUCACGACAGUGUAUUUAUUUCUGAGAUGGAGAGCUCCGUGAAGGAAGAUAUCUCUCAGGAGUGCACCCCCGGGAAAGUGAAAGCAUUACAGCUGCAGCUCCAGCAGAACAUCCGGAUAGGGUCUCCACCACAGGGUAUUGUCCCCAAGAAACUCGAGGAUUCUGGGACGCUUUCAGAAGAUGAUGGUUUGCCGAGAAGUCCCCCAGAAAUAACUUCAUUGCAUGAGAUUCUUGCCCGCUCAUCAGGGAAGUCUCCAAACAGUGCACAGAGACGCAAUUCUAUAAGUUUAGGAGGAACAGACAGUGAAGACGAACCGGAAUCUUCUGAAUUGUCUUCACGUCCCACCAGUCCAUCGCACUCCAAUGUCCUUUUGUGUCCUACCUCUCCAGUCAGCCAUUUCCCUCUAGCAGAUUUUAAAUCUCCAGCAAGUUCUGUGAGCUGCCUGGAUAAUUCUGCAGCAAAGCACAAGAUAUUAGUUAAGCCAAAGAAACGGAGACCACCAAUCAUGAAUGUGAAACCAACACAGGGUACUAAUAGGACUAACAAGCCAGUACAAAUUAAAAGGGGAGAAGAGAACGAUAACAUGGUUGAAGAGCAACUAUUUGAAAUUCCAGACUUGGACAAAUGUUCUGUACACGAGGCAUCAAGUGAAGUUGUCAAAAUCGCAGAAGAUGUUCUGCAGAAACCAGAGGAAGAUAUGGUUGUGUCUCUUUGUGAACCACAAAUGGAUGUUUCCAAAAAGGACAAUACACCUUUGAUUUUGGAAGUCCCUCUGCUUGAAAACCAGAUAGUAUCAUUUCAAAAUGAAGCUGUAUGUAGUGAAACUGAUGUGGAUUUCAAUGAAACUCUUGUAUCUAUCGAAGAUCGGGUGGACAUAGCUGAAGAAGAAUUGGAAAGGAAUGAAGUUACUAUUUCACCACAGACCUAUGAUUUCCAACCUACACAUGAAAAUAAUGAAAUUACAAUUACAGUUAUACCUUCUGAAAUCAGUAGUGUUGAAACUCCUGAAGGUAACACUGUUCAAAUAGAAAAUCCUAAUUUAAACACCAGCCAAGACGUGGUUUGUGGAUCAAUAGGAAAUUAUGAGCCAAAUCUGGAAGAAGCAGUAGCAACUGCAGUGAGUGUAAUAACACAUGAAGAAUACAACGAACUUGGCACAGUAUUACCAGACAUACAAAAGGAUUUAUUAAAUGUGUCCAAAAGUGAUUUAGUUGAAACUGAGACCUUAGAAAACCGUAUGUUAUCAAUACAAACUGUCACUUCCAUGAUAAAGGAUGAAGUUCAAGAGAUUCAGGUUGCUUGUGAAUGUGAUAAAUCACAUGAAAGUAAUGAAAAACAUCUAGAUAAAGUAGAAAUACAAAACACAGAAGCCACCCUAGAAGUAUCCGAUCAACUGGUUGCAAACAAUGAGGGUAAAAAUGAGCAACUGCCUUCUGAACAAAAGACAGAAACCUCCGAUCUGAGUAUUACUGAGGUUAAGGAUGACCAGUGUGAUGUAGAUAAUGUACCUGAUGGCAAAGCGCCUGUGAUAACAAAUGCAAAUGACUCUAGCUACACAAAAGUCACCACCAAUGCCCAUGAUUUUGGUAUUUUUGCAAAUAGUGAAACUUCAGCAGAAAUAGUCAAAGAAAUUAAAGCAGCAGAGACAAUUCCAGACAGUAACAUUAAAGGGUCCAACAAACCAAUAAGAUUUACUGUAGCCCCUGCAUGGCAAAGAGUGCAUUCAAGUGGAUCUAGUGUGAAAGACAGCCCCUUCAUCAAGAAUGCCAUAGGUAAUAUUGUCAGGUCUGGAUCAUUAGAUAGUGCAGAUGAGUCUGUAGUACAAAGUAGUAGUAAGAAGAAUGUUCAAAAAGACCAAGAGGAAUCCUCUGGUCAUUUUGGUGUCAGGUUAAGGCGGACUUCAUCUUCCAUAAAAUAUAAUGAAGACCAUCAAGAAGAUUUUUCCACAGAAGACUUAUCUCCUGUGGAUAGUUCAUCCUUGCUUCCAGGGAAAAACCUGCAAACCCCUAAAAGGACCACGUUUAAUAUUGACUGUGCAAAAAUGUCUUCUAAUGAUGAGGAAAAAGUCACUCCAGAAGUUAGAAGUCAACCAAAACCAAAAGCAGAUCAUUCACCACCAGAAAACACAGAACCUGCAUGGAUUACAAUGGCAAAACUGAAACAAAAGGGGUUCCAGGAGCAUCCACUUGCCAGAGAACAGAGUAGCGCAACUGAAAAAAAUGAGAAAGUUAAGGAAACAGAAUGUAUCCAGAAAAAAAAUAUAGUCACAAGCCCCCAAGUAGUAGAAGAAAAGAGGUCUGAACAAGCAGCUGCUGACAGUCCAGCUGAACCAGAGGUGGCACAACCAGAUUCUGAGAAGAGCACCCCCUCUACACAACCACAAAACCCAGAGGAACCGCCAUGGUUUGUACUUGCCAAGAAGAAGGCAAAAGCAUGGAGUGAGAUGCCUAAAAUUGUGCAGCAGUGAUAAAUAUACGUCUCAAGUCUCAUUUUUGUGUGUCUUUAUUAACUGUGAGACAUCAGCCAACGAUCCAAGGUUCUUCUCUAUGUAUUCAUGUUCUCUGCCUUGACAUAAGGAAACCAGUAUUUUUUAUUUUAGAAGAGUCUUAAAGGAAACUCCCUUUUUUUUUUUAUAUACUCUAAAGGGGCUUAAUGGCCAGAUACGUGCACAUUAUUUUUUUUUGGUUGCGUCAUAUAACAUUUUUGUGCAAAUUAAUCAGGUGCAGUGCAAGAUCUAAAUAGUUAUUCUCUCUGCUGUAUACCAUUGCAGCAUGCAGAGAUGAUUGGAUGUAAGCCAUGCUCAGAAAUCAUAUCUUCCAGAAUGAUGUUUAUGGCUAAUUGUUAAACUGCACUAAAUUUAGUUUUUGGGGCAAUUCAAAAGUAGCCCAGACUAUGAGACUUGGGCAGCCUGAAUUUCCUGACAUUUUUUGUAUAAUUUUGUUAACGGAGAUGCUUACAAUGUUCUAGAUAAAGCACUAUCAAGGCUGGCCUAAGGAAAUAUUUUCCAUUUCAAUUACCCGCUGGGACUGGAGGAUCCACGGAUUUCUGGAUGACCAUAAUUAGGCUGAGGUUGGGCUAGACAGGAGCACCAAGGGCCCACAUCGUCCCUCAGCCAGCCCUGAGCAUCUUUUUGAUGACUACCAUUAAUAGAUAUUUACGCAUUUGAUGUUGCGUUCCUAAAUAUCUGUAUGGCCUUAUUUUGAUAAGCGAGACCACAGAAAUAAACUCUGUAUGAUGUUUAGAUGUUUUUGGGGGGGAAUUUUCAAGAACGCAUGUAAGCCACUUGGACUGAACCAUCUGUUUGCUGUAGCAUGACGAGCCGCAGAUUACACAGUUAAAAUAUAAGCCUUUGUUCUCAUUGGUGUUAAAGCUUCUGCUUCUGGUUGAUUCUUUUAGGGCUCUUUCAGACGAGCGUGUUCUGUGUUGAAAUCACACUCUGUGAAGGAGCGGACUGGCCAUAGGACCCUAUACUAACAGCAUUAUGUCAUGUAGAGACACACAGCAUUUUAAAUCAUUAUAAUGCCAUGCGCUCCUGCAAAAUGUGUCCGUAUCGGGGAGCUUGAUUUCCACUUGCCUGAAAGAGCCCUUAUAGUGGAUUUAAAAAGAAACAGAAUUGAUUCCUUUGCCUUUAAUGGAAUCCUACAGUUUUCAAUCUUUUUGUUAGUUUUUUUAAUCCGUUAGAAUGUGUAGCAGACUAUGCUUAUGCUGUCCAUCAAAAGCAAUGAAAUCCUGACAGAAUAGUCUGCAAUGUAUCCCACUUGAGUUACAGAGAACCUUUUACUGUUUGGAGUAAAAAAUGCCAGUGUGAAUAAGGCCUUAUAUAUGCACUUGUUGAUCUUCUAGGUAAAAGAUACUUAACUAUCUUGUUUUCUUUCCUAAGCGAUAUGCCCAUUUAUAUUUCACAAAAUGACAUUAUUAUUAUUAUUAUUAUUUUACAAAAUGAAUUAAUGGUUUUAAUUUCUUGAAUAAUAAAUAAAAGUUGUUACAAAAGAAAGUCUUUUAACUUAAGAAAAUUGUGGAAAACAUGAAAAAAAAAAAGUUGCGUUUUCUAGAAAUAUGACAUUUAUGGCAGAACAAGGUUGAUGCGUUGAACCAAAAGUAUUUUGGUGACUUUACAGUGAUCUCUAACCUGUGGCUCUCCAGCUUUUGCAGAACUACAACUCCCAUCAUGCUCUGAUAGCCGUAGGCUGCCAGGGUGUGAUGUGAGUUGUAGUUUCACAACAGCUGAUGGGCCGCAGGUUGGGAAACGCUGCUUUAAAGACUCUUCAUAAAAUGCUUGCAAUCAUAUUAACAUUGUAUUAGUGAACUUUGCAAAACUGUACCUGUAGCCACUGCCCUAGCUUUCCUGCAGCAUUCUAGGUGUAUGCAGAGUAUUAUAUUGUUUCUAGUGUUCUACUGGAUGUUCAUAUUUUGUUAAAUAAGGGGAAGUUCACUUUUGACAGCCAGAGCUAAUUAGACUGUGAACAUAAUGCAUUUAAAGUCUCUCACAGUGAGACUUCUGAGACCACAUUAAAGUAAACCUGUCACCUUGAAAAUUCUAUGUAAGCUGCAGGCAGCAUGUUAUAGAGCAGGAGGAGCCAGCAGAUUGAUAUAUUGUUUUCUGGGAAAAGAUUCAGCAGAACUUAUAAUUUAUUCAAGUAAAUUCCUGCUCA